GAAACCUUCUUUUGCUUUUACGUGCUGAAGUUCAUAAUGCUUGGUCAGAUACUUUUGUUUUGUCAUACGAUAUACUUUGUGCAACUUAGACUUGUUGCACUGAGAGAGUAUUUCAUGGAUGUUAUCCAGGAUAAGAUUGUGGUAGUGACAGAUUUCAAGAACGGGGAAAUGAAGAUAUGUCCGUAUGUGCUUGCUUCAAGGUCAAACCUUAACAAAGCGAAUAGCAUACUAGAAAUAGCAAAAUCUCAGAAAAGGAUAUAUGACAUUUGUGAGAUAAUAAAUAGUACACCUGGAUUUGGUAUUGUUAUAAUUAUGUUCAGCGUUCUUCUGCAUCUGACAGUCACUCCAUAUUUUUUGUUGACUGAAAUCCAAAAAGGUGGAUCUACCCUUUUCAUUGUGCUGCAGUCUUGUUGGGUUUUUGUCCACUGUUUGAAAUUCUACGCCAUAAUUGACCGAUGUGACGUCUGCCAGAAUGAAGCAGACAAAAUACUGGAUAGCGUGCAAAGAGUACUAGCCGACUAUGCUGAGGAAUCUCCACUGAAAUCAGCGUUGAUACGUUUUGCAAUGCAACUUUCGCAAUGUCAAAUUCGCUUCAACACCAGUGGUCUAUUUGCGCUAGACAGGUCGAUAUUCACAUCGUUUGUAGCAGCUAUCACUACGUACCUGGUCGUCCUAAUACAAAUGAACAAUUAUCAAAAUUGACUAUCUAUUUAAUAGACUGAAUGUUGCCUCUAUUUUCUCUCGUUUCAAUUACAUAUACCCUGCCACCUCCAAGGAUUACAAACAAAUCUGAUAUUAAAAGCUUUGACAAUUCCUUUCCACACUACGAGUAUAAAAAAGUUUUUUAGCACGCCUAUGUUGAGACCCCUUAUAGCUAUCUGAUAAUCCAAUCGACACACUUGGCACCGUAGCAUCAAUCUACUAGUGGCAUCACUCUCGCACUCAUACGCAAGCCUUCGGCAGCUAAGCAGCCCCUCUCUAUCUCCUGGAAGGACAAAAUCUUUGCACCUCCCAUCAAAAUAUUUUGUUUGCAUUUUACAAGUUUAUUUGACGUUUAUGUUUGUCUGAUUUUUUUGUACGCGUAAAAAUGGUGAUUCGCCACGAUUUAGAAGGCUAUGAAAAAUUCAGCGAGUUCAUGAAAACCUUUGAGAGCAAAGGAAAAGCGGUUCACGUUUUGUUUUCCGGUACCAAGGACGACACUGGCGAAAGCUGGUGUGAUGAUUGUCAGAGAGCAUGGCCUGUGAUAGAGAAGGAGCUAGAAAAAGCUGACCCUGAGUCUUAUUUCAUCUAUGUUCAAGUUGGAGACAGGCCUACGUGGAAAGAUCCAAACUGUCGCUUUAGGAAGGACCCAAAAACCAAACUGUUAGUUCUGCCAACACUUAUGAGAUGGAACUGUCCACAAAGACUUGAAGGUGAUAAGUGCGAGAAAGAGGAACUAGUCUCUAUGCUUUUUACUUAUGAUGAAGAUGAUUGAACUAUUUUGUGCCCUAUAUAAAAUAAGAUGCAUACAUAUACUUGUAUACUUAAAAAUAAUCUGUGUACUGGUAGCAUUUGAAGUAUUAUAAAUAAACAGCCAGUCAAAAUAUUAAUCUAUGUAUUGAAAUAUUUUUUAAUUUUAGUAAAGCAUUAUACAUUUUCAAUAUUUC